UUUUGGCAGGGAUGUGAUCAGGUUUGAGAUUUUUUGGAGAGGUGGCUAGUCCUGAUCUGGAUCUAGAGCUAACACUUCGUAGACAUGACCAGGAUUUUCAGGAUGAGGCUAUUUAUAACCAUUCCCCUUCUGUUGUUACCGGCCCUCUCAUUGGCUGGGUAUUAUCACCAUCCUGAUGACGACAUCGGAUCCGGUGAUGACGAAGACAUUUCAGUGCAUCGUCUGCUGUUUCAGAUCUUUGACUCCAAUCACGAUGGGCACAUCAGUUUACCAGAGCUGAAGCAUUUCUUUAAGAAACACGAGCAUAAAGCCGAGGCGCUAUUACACAAGCUUGACAAAAACCAUGACAACGUCAUCAGCUUCAAGGAAUUCUUAGACUGUGAUAGCAACGAUUUGACGGAUUAACGUAGAA